UUGGCCAGCCAGCCACGCAACACUAGAGCUACUGAAAACAUGGCUGCUUCUGUACGGGUGAGGACGUGGAACAGCAAGGCUAGCUCAGUCAAACCCUGGCUCCUUCUUUUGACAGGGAUCCUUUUAUUAUGCUAUGCAAAUAGCGGGGUCAUGGCAGCACCAGAACUGGGACAAUGGAGUAUUACAGUUAUCAAUACCUCAAGACCAUUGCUUUUGAGGAAAUCCAUGUACAAAGACACUGAUAUCAAAUUGAAAGUUGUGUCCUUUGGUUGUCCAGAGGAGAUGACUUUUACCAUUCAAUGGUACUUGAAAUACUAUCCCUGUCACAAUGAGUUCAAUAAUAUUGAGGAAAUGUAUGAGAGGACGCCACUGAGUCGAGGACAGAGUAUGGAUCCUAACCCUCUAGGACAAGGGGAAUGCAUUGAGCACAAGCACAAGCCCUUGACCUGCAACAAUGACCUGCGAUACUUCCCAAUGCUAAAUAAAGCCAAGGCAGAACCACGGCCCGUUGUCCCUCCCAUGGAAGGAGCAGCACCGGGCUCAGAUGAAAACUACACGAAGUGGACGAUGGAGGAGUACGACAAAGUCGGCGGUCUGAAGAACGGCAGUGUGUCGCUUAAACAUGAUGUCAUCGCCACCACGUGGAAGGACGGCCCUUAUCUGCUGGUGGUGGUGAUUAAGUCUAACAAACAGGAAGCCAACUGGAAUCUAACAGUCAACGUCGUAAUGAAAGGAACCCACGGCUACAUCUCCAUCACGGAAUGGCCUCUCAUGAUCUUCUAUAUGGUGAUGUGUACAGUGUACAUCCUGUAUGCGUUACUCUGGUUCCUGUGGGCUGCCUGCUACUGGAAGGACUUACUGAGGAUCCAGUUCUGGAUAGCUGGAGUCAUCUUUCUGGGCAUGGUGGAGAAGGCUGUGUUCUGUGCUGAGUACGAGAACACCAACGGUGUUGGGGCAGCUUCUCCAGGCCUGUUGAUCUUUGCUGAGCUCAUCUCUGCCCUGAAGAGAACCCUGGCACGGCUGCUGGUCAUUAUAGUCAGUCUGGGAUAUGGUAUAGUCAAACCUCGACUGGGUACAGUGAUGCACAGAGUGGUGGGACUAGGUGUGCUGUACUUUGCCUUUGCUGCCAUCGAAGGUGUGCUUAGGAUCACUGGGGCGAAAGACUCUGACCUGGCUCUGUUGGCCAACAUUCCUCUGGCUCUGCUUGACUCUUCUCUCUGCUGGUGGAUAUUUGUGAGCCUGGCUCACACUAUAAAGACACUGAAGCUGAGAAGAAACCCAGUGAAGCUGUCUCUCUACAGACAUUUCACAAACACACUCAUCUUCGCCAUUAUAGCUUCAAUCAUUUUCAUGGUGUGGACGACGAAAAAAUUCAGACUAGCCGACUGUCAAUCUGACUGGGUGGAGUUGUGGGUAGAUGAUGCCUUCUGGAGGUUCCUGUUCUCCAUCAUACUGCUGGUUAUCAUGUUCUUAUGGAGACCCUCUGCUAACAACCAGAGAUAUGCGUUCACUCCAUUGAUGGAUGACUCUGACGAUGAGGAGAUUGAGGAGUUCCUGGUGUCAGCUAAUUUAGCUGAUGGCAUAAAGCUGAGAGCCUCCAACUUUAAGAGUGAGACAAACGGCUCAGCCAAGCCUUCAGGAUCUAACCCGGAUGAAGACUUGAAGUGGGUGGAAGAGAACAUUCCUACCUCUCUAACAGAUGUAGCGUUGCCUGUCCUUCUUGAUUCAGAUGAGGAAAUCAUGACUACAAAAUAUGAAAUGUCCAAGAUGGAGUAACAUGGGAAAUCUUCCUACUACGCACGAUGGAUGCAGAGCAUCUCUUCCUCCUGAGAUUGGUUCCUCCUGCAUGGCAUGGAAGAGACAGAUCACCUGGAGCGCGACACCUCUUCCGUCCUAGGCCUGUUUAGGCUGAGAGUCAGACCUCUGUCUACAACACUACUGGGGCUUAACACCUCUGACUUGGCGAUCAGCAGGGUCCUAUUCAUUGGGUAUCAAAUGGAAGAAAACUGAUUUAAAUAGGAGGUACCACCUGAACUUGUCCAAUAAGAAAUGCUGGUUAUAGUUUUCCGUUGCAAAACGUUUUUGCUGCGGUGUGCCCUAAUGUAUUUAGCCCUUUCACCCUCUACACAAACCAAGACAUAACAAUUGGUGUGUCCCAAAGUGCACCCUAUUCCCUAUUCAGUGCCUUUGGAAAGUAUUCAGACUCCUGGACUUUUUUUCACAUUUUGUUAUGUUACAGCCGUAUUCUAAAAUGGAUUAAAUCGUUUUUUCCCCCCUCGUCAACCUACACUCAAUACCCCAUAAUGACUAAAUGAAAAUAGGUUUUUAUCAUGUUUAGCAAAAUAAAAUAACUGAACUAUCACAUUUACAUAAGAAUUCAGACCCUUUACUCAGAACUUUGUUCAAGCAUUUUUGGCAGAGAUUACAGCCUCGAGUCUUCUUGGGUUUGACAGUACAAGCCUGCCACUCCUGUACUUAGGGAGUUUCUCCCAUUCUUGUCUGCAGAUCCUCUCGAGCUCUGUCAGGUUGGAUGAGGAGUGUCGCUGCACAGUUUUUUUUACGGUCUAAAGUGAUGGUAGGUUGGGUUCAAGUCCAGGCUCUGGCUGGGUCCCUCAAGGACAUUCAGAGACUUGUCCCGAAGCCACUCCUGCAUUGUCUUGGUUGUGUGCUUAGGGUCGUUGUCCUGUUAGCUGAACCUUUGCCCCAGUCUGAAGUCCUGAGCACUCUGGAGCAGGAGGACAAUUCCUUCGACAACAUGGCUUGGUUUUUGCUCUGACUUGCACUGUCAACUGUGGGACCUUAUAUAGACUAGUGUGUGCCUUUCCAAAUCAUGUCCAAUCAAUUGAAUUUACCACAGGUGGACUCCAGGUUGUAGAAACAUCUCAAGGAUGAUCAAUGGAAACAGGAUGCACCGGAGUUCAAUUUCAAGUCUGAUAGCAAAGGGUAUGAAUACUUAAAUACGGUAUUUUUUGUUUGUUUCAUACAUUUGCAAACAUUUCUGAAAUCCUCUUUUCACUUCGUCAUUAUGGGGUAAUGGUCAAAUGUAGGGAACUAUGGACCCGUGUGGCUCAGUUGGUAUACCAUGGCGAUUGCAACCCCAGGAUUGUGAGUUCGAUUCCCACAGGUGGUCCAGUACGAUUAAGUAUGAAGGUGUAUGCACUCACUUCUGUCAGUUGUUCUGGAUAAGAGCAUCUGCUAAAUGACUAUAAUGUGUAUAGGGAAUAGGAUGCCAUUUGGGACAGUUUUUGUGAUUAAAAAGAGAACUGGACGUUAGACUGUAUGCAUAGUUACCUUUUUGCCCACUAAACUUGACUUUAUACUGUAUCUUGGAGAGGGGAACAAGCUGGUAUAUUAUUUCUACACCAAUUGGAUACAUUACGUAAUAUAUGACCAACGUGUUAUUUUGAUGGAUGGUAAUUCAGAGGUGUGUGUGUGUAUAUAGUAUUUAUUAUAUCUCACUGAGUGAAGCUUUAUUGCUUCCUAACCAAAGUAUAAUGUGAUGUGUUUUGUGUGUGUGGGGGAGUUGUCUGCAUUGUGUUUUCUAGGCUGGGACACAGGAUUCAUUCGUUUAGUGUGAGUUACGCAGUACUAAACAGAAGUGUUGAUGUAAGUGUAGGAUUGCAGGGCUGGGGUCUGUUCAGAUAUAAAUGUAUUGUAUAGAACCAAUCUGAUUGUCUGUCAAAAAUAAUGACUAGAGCUGACACAAUUCCCUGUUCUAUCUGCUAUUGAUGUUCAGAAAGUUUCGCAUCACUGAUGCACCCCUGAGGUUGGUUGGUAGAGGCAGUACUGAAUUUGAGGCCCAUGGUAUUGAGAAGUUAUAAUGAAUAAUAAUUUAUUCAGCUUCUAUAGUGCUUUUCAUUAGACAGAAUCUCAAAGUGCUUGUUAAGCAAAAUAACCAACAAGCAUUUAUUUAGAGAUAUAGUCUACAACAGUAGAUGGGUCAAGUCUGAGUGCUUCCUGAAACCUCCAGAUGGACAGCUGCUCUCAUGAGAGGAUCUGGAAGCUCAUAGCUAGAUGGUCAGCAGCGGUGGUGGUCUGGUCAGCAUGUCCAAGGGCAGGCAGGUAGGCCGGCAGCUCCAUGUCAUCAGGGCGUCUCCUCCGUCUGCAGAUUCUCUGGGACUAUGUGAUGAAGGUUGAGAUCCCCAAAGAGUACAGUCAUCACUUCAGAAGUAUCCUCCUGAGUAAUGAACAGCUGUCCCACUGCCUACUGGAUCACCGUUGGUGAAAAGCAACCCUGAGUCAUUGGUGUAACUCAAAUGAAAGCACACUGGCUAGCUAGCAUUACCUAGCUUGUUGACAAUGCUGAUUUACAUACAUUUCAUAGUGAUAGAAAAAGUACCCAAUUAUCAUACUUGUAUAAAAGUAAAGAUACCAUAAUAGAAAAUGACUCAAGUAAAAAUCACCCAGUAAAAUACUACAUAAGUAUAUUUAGAACUAAAUACUUUUCCUCAAGUAUCAAAAUUAAAUGUAAUUGCUAACAUAUACUUAAGUAUCAAAAGGAUAAAUCAUUUAAAAUUCCUUAUAUUAAGCAAACCAGAUGGCACCAUUUUCUUUUAAUUUACAGAUAGCCAGGGGCACACUAACACUUAGACAUAAUUUACAAAUGAAGCAUGUGUGUUUAGUGAGUCUGCCAGAUCAGAGGCAGUAGGGUUCUUUAAGAAUGUAGUGGAGUAAAUGUAAAAGUUGGCAAAAAUAUAAAUGGUAAAGUACAGAUACCCCAAAAAGCAAUACUUUAAAGUAUUUUUACUUAAGUACUUUACACCACUACAAUUUACAGGCAUGAAUCAAAUUCAUGAUAUCAAGACUUGAUCUGCACUCAUUCAGCUAUUGAAAAAUUAAAAACUUGGUACAAAAUAUUAAAUAUGAUUACAUAUGUACAUGAGUUCUCUGCCGAGGCUGCCACUAGGCACCAUGGCAAUUAUAGAACCCAGGAGCUCCGUAUUACUAUGGCUGACCAUGUAAAACAACACAUUGCACUGCACCCAUCUGGUGUAUGUGAUAAAACAUAUUUUAUUUUUUUCCUGGUUCCCUCCCUUUACUUUUUAUUUCCCACAUUGUGUGUGCCCAAAAUGGUAUCAUAUUCCCUAUAUAGUGCACUACUUUUGACCAGAGCCCUAUUGGCCCUGGUAUAAAGUAGUGCACUAUACAGAGGAUAGGGUGCCAUUUGGGACUAAUAUUGGUUCUUGUUAUUUCUUGUUUAAGUGUACUUCCACCUUGCUCCUGAGUUGCACAGCGGUCUAAGGCACUGCGUCUCAGUGCUAGAGGUGUCAUUACAGACCCUGGUGAUACAGCCUGGAAUCUAACAACUGACUGUGAUUGGGAGUCCCAUAGGGAAGCGCACAAUUGGCCCAGCGUCCUCCGGGUUAGGGUUUGGCCGGGGUAGGCUGUCAUAUUAAACAGAAAUUUGUUCUUAACUGACUUGCCUAGUUAAAUUAUUUCUUUUUGUAUAUGUGCUAAAGCCUCUAGUUUACUCUAUUGGUUCAUUUAUGGGGAUAUUGUUAUUGUGUGUUUUUAAUUUGAUCCCUGAUUUGCUGUCUUUACCUUAACUCAUUUUAAAGGAGAAACUAUUGGAAAUGAUGAUUCCUGCAUUUGUUUUCCAUUGAAAAGGGGAUGUUGGUAUGAAUCCAACAUAGCUAUCCCAAUCCCUAUGUUUUGUAAUAGUUGAACACUUUCAAAGUACCCAUUUGUUGUCUGUCAUUUAUGAGAAGGUUCUGGUACUGGUGCCAAUUAGAUGGUGUCUGUUGAAGUCUUCAUAUGCGUGUUACGGUGUAUGAGACGGCACAAAUGUAGGGGUGUUAGUUUCAUGUGGACCAACAUUCCCAAUCUUUAUUUAACCAGGUAGGCCAGUUGAACAAGUUCUCAUUUACAACUGCGACCUGGCCAAGAUAAAGUAAAGCAGUGCGACAAAAACAACACAGAUUGUGCAAAUGUAGUAAGAUUAGGGAGUUAAGGCAAUAAAUAGGCCAUUGAGGUGAAAUAAUUACAAUUUAGCAUUAACACUGGAGUGAUAGAUGUGCAAGUAGAGAUACUGGGGUGCAAAACAGACUAUGGUGACCAGUGAGCUGAGAAGGCGGGGCUUUACCUAGCGAAGACUUAUAGAUGACCUGGAGCCAGUGGGUUUGACGACGAAUAUGUAGUGAGGGCCAGCCAAUGGUCAGUUUUACGGGGGUAUGUUUGGCAGCAUGAGUGAAGGAGGCUUUGUUGCGAAAUAGGAAGCCAAUUCUAUAUUUAAUUUUGGACUGGAGAUGCUUAAUGUGAGUCUGGAAGGAGAGUUUACAGUCCAACCAGACACUUAGGUAUUUGUAGAUGUCCACAUAUUCUAAAGUCAGAACCGUCCACAGUAGGGAUGCUAGUCAGGCGGGCGGGUGCGGGCAGCGAUCGGUUGAAGAGCAUGCAUUUAAUUUUACUUGGAUUUAAAAGCAGUUGGAGGCCACAGAAGGAGAGUUGUAUAGCAUUGAAGCUCGUCUGGAGGGUUGUUAACACCGUGUCCAAAGAAGGGCCAGAAGUAUACAGAAUGGUGUCGUCUGCGUAGAGGUGGAUCAGAGAAUCACCAGCAGCAAGAGCGACAUCAUUGAUAUAUACAGAGAAAAGAGUCGGCCUGAGAAUUGAACCAUGUGGCACCCCCAUAGAGACUGCCAGAGGUCCGGGACAACAGGCCCUCAGAGUUCAGUGUGUGAAAUCGAUCUGAGAAGUAGUUGGUGAACCAGGCGAGGCAGUCAUUUGAGAGGCUGUUGAGUCUGCCAAUAAGAAUGUGGUGAUUGACAGAGUUGAAAGCCUUUGUCAGGUCGAUGAAGACGGCUGCACAGUGCUGUCUUUUAUCGAUGGAGGUUAUGAUAUCGUUUAGGACCUUGGAUAGGCACGAGGAGUUUAUGUUGGAUUGGUCCGUGUUGUCCUCUGCAGCCUAGGCACAAGGUUAGUGGGUUGAUGUUGGAUUGGUUCAUGAUGUUGUCCUCUGCAGACUAGGCACAAGGUUAGUGGGUUGUCCAUUUACUCGUUCUCAACUCCAACUAUAUCCUAGGACCUGUCCAGAAACAACCCCUAAUCCUUACCCCCUAGACUUUCCAAUCUUACCCCUCAGAUCUCGUGUGUAGGCAGUAGGGUCUAGGGGUCCGUUUGGGAAUCAGGCCUAGUGUAUUUGGAGCUUUUCUUAACUUGUAGAGAUUUAGAUACUUCCUCUUACUCAGACCCUGGCCGCCUUCAUGCUCAUUCUUUCCCUGUCAUGUAGCCUACGACUGUAUUCACUUGUCUGUUAUUUCCACAGAACAGUCUGGUUUUGGCUGACUGUUAGUCCUGUUGUUUCCUAAGUCACCAGGUGACUGAAUAUUUUUUGCCUUGUACCUAUUUUUGGAAGGUUUGUCUUCAGAACUAUGCUUGAACAUUUCAUUCCAGGGCUGCUUCUGAAAUGGCUCCCUAUAGAGUGCACUACUUUUGACCAGAGCCCUAUUCACCCUGGUCAAAAGUAACUCACUAGAUCGGUGCCAUUUGGGAAGCACAUAUACAUUUGCCUGUAUGUCUUUUUACUUCUGUUGACUUGGAGAGAAAGAUAAUCUGUAUUUCUGAUGGUUAUUGCAAUACAAUGGUUAAUUUAAUUGUAAAUAAAACAGGUUUAUUUUA